CUAGCGAUGAUGAUGACCUGAUCGAUGCUGGGCGAGAGUUGCCCGAUGAUGGCGGCGGCCAUGGCGACGUCGUGGACAACAGUUUUAGCUUUGCUGCAGCAUAAAAUAAAAAAUAACUAACUCGACAUAAAACGAGGGCACCUUCUUCUUCCUACGCCUUUCAUUCAAUACUUGAUUAUUCCUUGUCCAAAACGGCAAAGGAAAAAGAAAACCAUACCCUUCUCAAAAUCCCAACCCUUUUAAUCGCCGGCGGCCAUGUAUCCCCCAGCCUUGUCCAGACCAACUCCCGCCCCGACGACGACGCCGAACCAGCUGAGCACGAUGAUGAUACACCACCACCACCAACCGGCCGGAAAAUCCAACACAACGUCUUACAACCUCAUCAAGGAGAUGAAAACCAAGGGCGCCACCGAUGUUUGCCACAGCGACGCCAAGUGCAGGGAGAAGUUCAACCUCCUGCUCGCGGAAAUUGGCUUCCCCGGUCGCGUGCUACUUGCUACUGUCGAGGAGAUUGAGGAAUGCGGGCACAUUAAAGAAACAGGGUUGGUGUGUCUGAAGCACAAGAAGACGAAGGAUCACUACAAGUUCAACACCGUCGACGUCUGCUGUGACGUCGUCGUGACGGCGUCUUUCGAGCGGCGGAGGAUCAGGAACCUGAGUGGGGUCAAGGCUAAUUUAUUUAUCUUAAUCGCUAAUUUAUUUAUUUUACUGUGAGUUGGACAUUAAAAUAAAUUUUAUUUUAUUUU